UAUAACAAAGACUUCACCAUUCCAUCUGGGCUUUCUUCUCUCCGUCCGUUUUCUCAUCCAAUCUCUUGAACAGAUAAAAGUUUAAAUCGUUUAAUCAAAUGGGAGGAAGUGCAGUUGACGAUGAUUGGGAGUUAUUCGGUGCGCCUCAAAAUGAGGUUCGAACUGUAGUUUUAGUCGGCCGAACUGGAAAUGGUAAAAGCGCAACUGGAAAUAGUAUCCUUGGUAGAAGGGCAUUUAAGUCAAUGUCUAGCUCUGCUGGUGUCACUAGCACCUGUGAGCUGCAGACCACAACUCUUGAAGAAGGGCAAAUCCUUAAUGUGAUCGACACCCCAGGGCUGUUCGAUUUUUCUGCUGAGCCUGAGUUUAUCGGGAAGGAAAUUGUUAAAUGCAUUAAUAUGGCCAAGGAUGGUAUACAUGCUGUUCUUGUUGUGUUAUCUGUGAGGUCUCGUUUUUCGAGAGAAGAAGAGGCUGCCGUGCAGAGCUUGCAGAAAUUCUUUGGUAGCAAAAUUAGUGAAUAUAUGGUUGUGGUCUUCACUGGCGGUGAUGACCUGGAAGAAAACGAGGAAACUCUGAAUGAUUACUUGGGUCGUAGCUGUCCUGAGCCUUUGAAGGAAAUUCUACGGAUGUGUGGCAAUAGAUGUGUUCUGUUCGAUAACAAGACGAAAGAGGCAGGCAAGAAAUCCAAACAACUGAAACAACUUCUUUCCCUUGUGAACUCUGUUGUGGACAAAAAUGGUGGGAAGCCAUACACUGAUGAGCUGUUUAUCGAGCUCAAGGGAGCAAUGAAGCUGCACGACCAAACUGCCGAAGUUAAUGCCAUGGAAGGGUACUCGAAACAAGAGAUAUCCUAUCUAAAGGAUCAGUUUCACAAAUCGUACGAGGAACAACUCAAGAGGAUAACCGAGAUGGUCGAGUCAAAGCUCAAGGAGACCACUCAUAGGCUCGAGCAGCAACUUGCGGAGGAGCAAAGUGCAAGGCUCAAAGCAGAGGCAAUGGCUCAAGCUGCUCAAAUGAAAUCAAAUGAUGAAAUCCGUAAAUUGAGGGAGCAUUUGGAGAGGGCUCAGAAGGAGACCGAGGAGUUACGUAAGCAGGCUGAAAGUGGUAGAUGUGCUAUUUUGUGAUGAGAUACAAUAUAUAUAUAUAUAUAUAAGCAUAAUAAUAUGAUGUAUAAUCCUUUUCUCUCUCUCUUUCUUUAAUUUGGGAACUUAAAUUUUUGAAUUUUCAGCUACCUUCUCUCUUCACACUCCUUCCUCUUUUGUUGGGGGGUGGAAAGGUACUUCCUAUUAUGAAUACUUUGGUGGUCUGUGUUUCUUUCUGUAUUCAGUGCAUUAUGUAUGUCUUUGUUUUUUGUAAGGCUGUCGAAUGGUUAGACAACCAUACGAUUCCAACAAUUAUACAUCUUUUUAUAGUCAAAUGUCAUACUUAAAGUACAACAUAUAGAUUUAACCUUUUGAUUGUGGC